AUGUCCGCUAAAGAGAAAAAAAAAGACGAAUAUGGAGCCGAGAGCAUUCAAGUCUUAGAAAACAUUGAAGCAGUUCGCAAAAGACCAGGAAUUACUGGCGGUGGCGGAACUCAUAUUGAGGGUUUUGAAAAUGGUUUAGUUAGUGCUACUCGCGAUUGGAUUAAGGAGAAAUAUCCGAGUUUAAAGGUGAGUGUUUUAAAAGAUGACGUUUUAGAAGGGUUGGUAACUAUUUUAGCCAUUCGGAUGAAAGACCCUCAAUUCUCGGGGCAAACUAAGGACCGUUUAGCUAAUAAACCAGUUCGGGAAAUUGUUAAAAAUGCGACUUAUGAUUUAGUCAAAAAGUUUCUUCAAGAUCACGGAAGCAGCGCGGAAGCAAUUAGCCGCCAAAUUAUUACUACUGCUCAAAAUCGGGUUAAGUAUGAAGAGUAUGAAAAAUCCUUGCGCGAAGGAGGGCGAGGUGUCUCUUUGCCAGGUAAAUUAGCCCCUUGUAUUUCUAAAGAAGUUGCCAGCAAUGAGUUAUUCAUUGUCGAAGGGGAAUCAGCGGGAGGUAGUGCCAAAUUGGCCCGUGAUCCGUAUAAUCAAGCUGUUUUACCGGUUCAAGGAAAAAUUAUUAAUGUUGAAAAGGCAGAACGUGCCAAAAUCUUAGAAAAUGAGGAAAUCAAGAACUUAAUUAAUGCCCUUGGGUUUAGUGUCAGUGAAGCUACUCAAAAUCAUUAUAAUCGCUUUCGAACCAAAUUAGAAGCCGAAAUCAUUCCCGAAGAACUAGAAAUUGCCGAAGAAUUUUUCUAUCAAGAUGAAAAUGAGCAAGAGCAGGUAAUUCCGGCUCACACUUUUUUGACGGCGGAACAAUUGCGAACGAUAGUUGAAAAAACUCAGCAGGAUUUAUUAAAAAAACUCCGUUAUGGAAAAAUAGUGAUUAUGACCGAUGCUGACCCCGAUGCGGUAACUCCUCUUUAUCGUUUGCAAACCAAAAAAGAAACUAAAUAUUUUUACAGCGACCAUGAAUUAGUUACUUAUCAGCAAGAAAACAAGGGGACUAUUGGUCGUUUGCAACGAUUUAAAGGUUUGGGAGAAAUGAAUCCCCAACAACUACGGGAAACUACCAUGGCAAUUAAAAAGCGUUGCCUUCAUGAAUUACUUUUCCCUAAUCCUCCUACUAUCCGGGAAAUUAUUCAGGAUUUAAUGGGUUCAAAAAGUGAACCUCGCAAAAGACGGCUAGAAAGUGGCGAACAUAAAAACGCUCAACUAACGGUAAUUGAUAAUAAAGUAGAUAUUGGACAGGCCUUAUUAGUAAAAUUCCUGGAAUACGCUUAUGAAGUGGUAGAAGAUCGGGCUUUGCCACAAUUACAUGAUGGAUUAAAGCCAGUUCAGCGGAGAAUACUUUAUACUCUUUAUGAAUUAGGACUUUUACCUAAUAAAGCCCACCGCAAAGCCGCCAAAGUAGUCGGAGACGUAAUUGGUAAACUUCACCCGCAUGGCGACCAAAGUGUUUACCAAGCCAUGGUAAAAAUGGCUCAGGAUUUCAAUUAUCGCUAUCCUCUAAUUGACGGACAAGGAGAGGUGGUUGACGCCACUAUUAAUCUUAUUCAAGAGCCAGAAAUUAGUCUAGAACAAUUGAUUACUUAUUUGCCAGCUCCCGAUUUUCCCACUGGUGGUCAAAUUUUAGAACAAGAAAAAUUACAUAGCAUUUAUGAAAAAGGCGAAGGGACAAUUUAUAUCCGAGCCAAAGCAGAAAUUACUUCUAGCAAACUAGAAAAAGAGACAAGAGCUGACAGUUCAGCCAAGACCAAAAAUGACUUAAUUCAUGUUACCGAAUUGCCUUAUAAGGUUAAUAAGGCCAAAUUAGUCGAGAGUAUUAGCCGAAUAAUUAAAGACAAAAAAAUUGACGGUUUGCGUAGCGUGGCUGAUUAUUCUAGUUGGGAAGAGCCAGUUAAUAUUCAUCUAAAAUUUGACCCUAAUUAUGACGGGGAGGUUAUUCUCAAUCAAUUAUACAAAUCCACUAAAUUACAGAGCACUUUUGCCGUAAAAAUGCGAGCUUUAAUUGAUGAUCAACCAAAAGUUUUUUCUCUAAAAGAAGUUUUAGAAGGAUUUAUUAGCCAACGUUUGGAAAAUAUUCAGAAAAAGGCUCAGUUUAUUUACAAAAAAAACCAAAAAGAAUUAAUUAAUUUAGAAACCCGUCGUUUCAUCAUUGAUAAUUAUCGGGAAAUCGCCGAAAUUGCUCAUACUUCCUCUUCUGACGAAGAAAGAGAACAAAAAUUAAAAACUCGCUUCAGUGCAGAAUUGAAAAAGUUACAAGAACAAUUGCAAACAAUACAAGACAAAUCAGCCGAUUCAUCCGAAAAAUCUAGUAAUUUAGAGCAAGAAGCGAUUAAUCGCAUUUUAGAUACUCCCGCCAGUUUUCGUCAAUUUACUCCGGAGAGAAGAGAAAAACUACAAAACGAUAUCAACAAACUCCAACAGGAUAACGCUGAACAACAAUCAAUAAUUAAUCAGCAAGAUAAAAGAAAAGAAAAACUAAUUCAGGAAUUACAAGAAUUAAAAAGCAGUUAUCCACAAGAUAAAAGAAAAACUAUUGUUACUUCUACUCAACAUUCAAUUGAAGAAAGACAAUUGAUUCCCCACGAAGAAAGAAUUGUUUUACUGAGCCGUUCAGAAAAUAAAAAAGAAAAUAAAAUCAAUAAUUAUUUAACAGUUCAUCCUCUUUCAGUC